UGUGCUGGGGCUGCUGCCCUGCCUGCUCCUGCCACAGCCAUGGGCAGCAGCCACCUGCAGCCUUCUCCUGCAGAGGCAGGAGCUGGGACGAUGGAUUUGCCUUGGUCCUGAGCUGUGAAGCAGUGCCAGGGCUGUGCUGAGGAUGAGGAUGGCAGCAGCGAGGCCCCAGCUCAGGAGAUGCCUCAGCGAGCACCCCGGGGGCUCCAGCAGCUGGGCCUGGGAUGGCUUCUGGAGAACAGCCAGGGAAAAACGCCUUGCAGAAAUUGAAGCCAGAGAAGCCUGCGACUGGCUGAGAGCUGCUGGAUUUCCCCAGUAUGCUCAGCUGUUUGAAGAUAUGCAGUUUCCCAUUGAUGUAAAAACUGUGAGGAGAGAUCAUGAGUUUUUAGAUGGAGAUGCAAUUGAAUCACUGUUCAGAAGGUUGAACACAUUGAACAAGUAUGCAUCAAUGAAAGUGGAAAUAAGCCGUGACAGGAAUCGGAGUGAUGACUCUGAGGAUGACGAGCCCUGUGCCAUCAGUGACAGGUGGGCCUACGAGAGGUGCAGCCAGCGCUGGUCUCGCGUCGGGAGCCUGGCAGCUCUCCCAGCAGAGCAGGGGGCUGGAGCUCCCACCCCAGUGCUGAAAAUCACCAGCAAUGAGGACAGUGUCUGUCUGGAUCGUGGUGACAAGCACGAUGUGUCCUCGGUUCACAGCACCAGCAGUGCUGACAGUGACAUUGUUAACUCCCAGAAACCUUUUGAAGAUGUGGAAACCAGCACGAGCUCCUCAAGGUGUUCCUCAGUUAAAGUACCUUCACUGGACUCUGCUUUUAGUUGUUCUCCUCCCCCCAGCGAAUUUUUAAAUAUCACCAGUGAGGAGAAGCUUUUGGACAAGUCACCAUCUAAAAAGAGGAAGAGCCUUCUAAAGAAAAUGGAGAAGCUGCACUUAAGGAGCUGCAAUUUAAGGAGUGGUCAGUCAAAGGCCAAACCCAUAAUAAGUGAACCUGUUCUUCUGGAAGGACUUAAUGAAGAAAAGAUGAAGAUGCUGAACUGUGUAAAUAUUUCUGACCUCUCUGGCAUCCGAACAAAGAACAAUUCUCCCUUUUCUCCCCAGAGCAGCAAUAGCAGCAAUCAGUCUGUGAACAGCAGCACAGGGAGCACUGCAAGGCCUCUUACAAAACCAGGCAGCCCCUGUGAAGGAAGGAGGAUGCAUGCAGAACACAUGGACACCAGCAAGCUGCUGCUGGGGAACGAUCUAUCCCAGCAAAACCUAAAAAAUGACAUGACAUUACCAAAGAGCCAGAUGUUUCAAAUACCACAAGGCCACAAGCCUGGCACUUUCCCCACAGUGCUUACAGACAGCUCCCUGUCUGCAGACAGCUCCUCUGUCAACUGGAGGACUGGGAGCUUCCACGGGUGCAGGAGGAGCAGGAGCAGCUCCAGGGGCGCCAGGAGCCCCGUGCUGGGCAGGGAUCAGAGGCUCAGUGUGUAUGACAACAUGCCCAGCCCCGAGCUGCAGGGCCUGGAGCAGCUCGGCGACGACGACGUUUUCUCAGAGCUGAACAGUGUCAUUGCGGAUGUCAAUGGCCUCAAAAAGCUGGUGGAUCAGUGGACUGAGAAGUUCUCAGAUGAUGGGGAUUCUGACUUUGCCAGUGACUUGGCCUCUUUGUGUCCACCCUCCCCUAAGGAAAGCUCUGUUGAAGCAGAGGGCUCAGAAGAUAAGGCAGCAGGGGAGGCUGGGGGAGAGAGCAGCAGUGGCCUGGGCAAGGAGAUUGGUUCUGCAGAGCUGGCAUACAUCACAGACUCUAAAAACACCAACAGGCACGGGAAGCAGCACUGGUGUGUGGAAGAGAACCUGGAAGGCCUUUCCCUGCAGACUGAUGGCCAGUCAGCUGCCCAGCUGGCCCGCACACAAAAGCUGGCAUUGCUGAAACUCACAGCUCUAAUGGACAGAUAUUCCCCGUCCAGUAAGCAGGGCUGGAACUGGACCAUACCAAAGUUCAUAAAAAAGCCCAAAGCCUCAGACUACAAGGACAAAAAUGUGUUUGGGGUUCCUUUACUGCUGAACAUGCAGCGGACAAGCCAUCCCCUGCCCAAUGGCAUCCUGCAAGCCCUGGAGUACCUGAGAAGCCACUUUCUCGACCAGGUUGGCCUGUUCCGAAAAUCGGGCGUUAAAUCCAGGAUCCUGUCCUUAAGAGAAAUGAAUGAAACCAGCCCAAACAAUGUGUGCUACGAGGGGCAGUCAGCCUUUGACGUGGCAGACAUGGUGAAGCAGUAUUUCCGAGACCUCCCCGAGCCCAUCUUCACCAGCAGGCUCUGUGAAUCCUUCCUGCACAUCUACCAGUACGUGCCGAAGGACGAGCAGUUUCAGGCUGUCCAGGCUGCUAUUCUCCUCCUCCCAAAGGAAAACAGAGAAGCUUUGAAAAUCCUCCUGUUCUUCCUGCGAGACGUGGUGGCUUUUGUUGAGGAGAACCAGAUGACCCCAACCAACAUUGCUGUCUGUCUGGCUCCUUCUUUGUUUCACCUCAACACCCUGAGGCGGGACAGCUCCUCCUCCUCUACCAGGUCCAGCCAGAGGAAGUGCAGCCUGGGGAAGCCAGACCAGAAGGAGCUGAACGAGAACCUGGCAGCAACGCAGGGCUUGGCCCACAUGAUCAUGGAGUGCAACAGGCUCUUCCAGACUGACUUCCCAGCCUGACCGUGCCUUUGCUGUCAUUAUGGACUUGCCUGGUGAUCCUUACACUGUGGCUGACCCUGGUUGCUGUCCCUGGACCUGAUCCUGACCUCCCUUCCUGGCUGGCUCACCUUCCUGGCUCCACCUGGGACCUCAUCGCCGUGGCUGUGUCUGAUGGCUGUGUCUGAUGGAUGUGUCUGAUGAUCUUUUACUCUUGGCUGACCCUGGCUGCCACCUCUGGCUCAGCCCCAGCAGUGUGGGACAGGGCAGCUGCCCUGCCAGCUCUGUUAUCCCACCUGACCCUGGCCCCUUUCCCUCAGGGGUGCUGUCCACACUCCAACAGCCAGCUCAGACCUUCUGAUGCUCUGCUCCAGCUGUUUGCCUGGGCAGGGGACACUGCCCCACGGCCCCCUGCACUGACACAUGGCCCUGCCCCAGGGCUCCCCCAGCACUGACUCCACAGCCAGUGCCUGGCCUCUGAGUGACACAGCUGAGGGUCCCAGGGCUCUGAUCCCUGCAUGCCUCAGUCUGCAGCCCAGACAGGGCUCCUAAGUGCCCCCUCCACCCCCAGCCCAACCACUGCCCCUGUUUGCCCAGCAGGGGCCUGAACCCUGUGCCGAGCUCUGAGGUGUCAGGGUGCCCUGACAGCCCUGCCCUGCACGCUCAGGUCAGCCCUGGCAGCACAGCCCUGUUCCUGGCUGCAUGGCCCCAUGGAACAGCCCAUGGGAGCUCUGGGCUACCCCUGCACACACGGACACCCCACAGCCCUGCUGUGACCACUGCUGCCCCUCGCCCCGGGGUGCUGAGACGCAGGGAUUGCCUGCAGAGGGCUGUCCCCUCCUGCUGGAGGCCACAGCUCAGCGUGGCAGCCCCUGCCAUGCCCGUGCCUGGAGGAACACCUGGGUCUGCUGCUCUGGCCCCAGAGCUGGACUGGUCACUGUGGCCACCGCUGGACUUCUGCCCCUGAGGGGGCCCCGCGAGCAGGACCCGGCUGGCACCGCUGCCACCCAGCCUGCCAGCUGGCACAGGUAAAGCUGCUGCCUGCCUCCCUGCACCAUCACAGAUGACAUCAAAGGCUGGGUGACCUGCACCUAAGGGAACUGCUACAUCCUCUGCACAGGCUUAAUGCCCAGGAUGUCGAAUCCUUUGGCCAUGACGGUGGCAGUGGCUUCGCACAGCAGCAGCCUCCACAUGUUCACCUUCACGAUCUGGCCUGGAAAACACAGACACAGGAGCUGGAGAAGCUGCUCAGAACAACAGUACACUUCCACAGGGGAAGCCCCUGCGCCCAAAACCAGGCCCUGGAUGGCACAUGGAACCCUUCCUGCUCUCCCCAAGCCAGGCAGACUGACCACCCCUCCUGUUUGCAGGUGCCUGGCUGCUCCCAGCUCUGCUCAGCCUUCCUGCUCAGUCAUAACACAGUCUCUGUCAAUCCUCCCACAUGGACACAGCAGUGUGACAACAGCCUUUCCAACACAGGGUAACACCCUGGAGCUGGAUGUAACCACAGGAUGUGACACAGGCACACACAGCACCCCCUGGCCAGCACUCACCAGUCUGCCUGUCCUUCUCCACGCAGUAGCAGCUGUCAUAGAACUCAGUGAAGGUGGUGGCCAGCUCAUACAGAUAGUCACAGAGUGUGUGCAAUAACAAGUCCUCCAGGAUCUUCUGCAGGAUCUCAGGAAACCUCAGGAUGCACUUGCCCAGCUUCCACUCCUUCUCAUGGUCGAGGACAAGCACCUCCUCCCUGGCUGCCUUCCGCAGCAUCUGCUCAUCGAUGUUGGCCAGGCGAGCAAUGGCCCUGGAAGGGUCCAGAGCAGAGGCUGCUUGUGAGGGUCCCACUGCCCAGCCUGCCCAGCCUGCCUCAGGGCUGAUGGCCUCCCCUGCCCAGUCCUGGGUGACCAAAGAGGACAGUCAGCCCUGGAUCCAGGAGGGCACUGCAGAGGAACAGGGAGGGAUGGGCUCAAGGCACCUGCAUCAGCCAGGACAGCUGAUACUGCCAAGCAAACCAGGGCUCAGGCUGCCAAAAAACUGGGGUGUGGCAAUACCUGAGCUAAGCAGCUGCUGGAACACAUCCUUUUCCAACCACCUAAAUCCUCUGCUUCCCAGGAACUCCCACAGUUCCCUCCCUGGGCUGUGUGUCACACAGAGGAGCCAGUUUGGGUGGCACUGGACACAUCGUGUGCAAUGACAAAUAAAACCUUGUCCGUGGUGCA